AAUUGAAUUCGGUCUAAACCACAGGACAAUGGCGUCGAAUAGGAGUAUUGCUGGGUGGCCUAAAGGUUCCGCCGGGGCCUCUUACGGUGGGAAAAUGGGUUCAGCACCACCUCUUACGAUAGAAAGAACCAUUAACUUAUACCCUUUGACUAAUUACACGUUUGGAACAAAAGAACCCUUGUAUGAGAAGGACAGCUCUGUACCGGCUAGAUUUCAAAGGAUGCGAGAUGAUUUCGAAAAAAUUGGAAUGAGGCGAUCGGUUGAGGGAGUUUUAAUUGUGCAUGAGCAUUCUCUACCUCAUGUAUUACUUUUGCAACUUGGUACAACAUUUUUCAAAUUACCUGGUGGCGAAUUAAACCCAGGAGAAGACGAAGUUGAGGGCCUGAAACGACUGUUGACAGAGACCUUAGGGAGACAAGAUGGCGGACCAAUGGAAUGGGUAAUCGAAGACACAAUUGGAAAUUGGUGGAGACCAAAUUUUGAACCCCCACAGUACCCGUACACACCAGCACACAUCACUAAACCUAAAGAACAUAAGCGUCUUUUCUUGGUACAAUUACCAGAAAAGGCUCUUUUUGCUGUGCCGAGAAAUUAUAAACUUGUUGCGGCACCGUUGUUUGAACUUUAUGAUAAUUCAGCUGGAUAUGGACCCAUAAUUUCAAGUUUACCCCAGACACUGAGUCGUUUUAAUUUCCUAUACAACUAGGUGUAGCAAAUAACACAUUCUUUUAUUUAAAAGUGUGGAGUCGAAGAAUCAAGACUGACAUUUGUGUGUGGCUUCUGACAAUAAACUGACACACAACUCAAAGACAUUUUUAAUCAUUUCAAAACAUCAUUUCCAGACUAUCAUUUAUUUCAAAUAAAGUUUUUAUCACAGUG